AUGGCCUCCCUUGCAUUCCCAUCCAUCGCCAAAAAGGUCGUCGUGAAGGAUGGCACCACGUACGGCUAUGCAGUUGUGGCUCCUGCAGCAGCGGAUAAGCCAGUGUUCUUGUUGCUUCACGGGUACCCUAGCUCGAGCUAUGAUUGGCGUAACCAGAUCCGCACCUUGUCAGCGGCGGGCUAUGGUGUCAUCGCCCCCGAUCUACUAGGUUAUGGUGACACGGAUGCUCCCGGGGGUGUGGGGGCUUAUCGGUUCAAGACUAUGUCUCAGCACAUGUCAGAUAUCCUCGACUCCGAGGGAGUAUCGGGCUGUAUCGCCGUUGGCCAUGACUGGGGGUGUGGCUUGCUUUCUCGGCUAGUGACAUACAUACCUGAUCGGCUGAUUGGAGUCGUGUUCCUCUCCGUUAGUUAUCUUCAGCCGGGGCUGGUUUGGGACAUUGGGGAACUUAUCCAACUCGGCCGCGAGAUUAAUGGAUACGAAACGCACGGCUACUGGCUCUGGCACGGCACAGAGGAGGCCGUUCAGGAUUGCGAAGCCCAGCCGGCAUCGGUCUUUAAUCUCUUAUAUCCAGCCGACCCCGAGGACUGGAAGAGGUACUUCGCCCCCGUGGGAAAAGCAGCCGAGUAUGUUCGGACAGGACAGCUGGCUCCGCUGCCAUCAUGGUUCAGUCUCGAUGAGUACACGAUUCGGGACCGCAUCUUACAGAUGAAUGGAUAUCGUGGCCCUCUGAACUGGUACAAGGCCGCCAUGCAGGGCCUUAACCUUCCUGACGAGCAUGAAAUCUCGGAAGUGGACAAGGAAUGCCGUGUCCCUACGUUGCUGGUUGUUGGCGACCAGGAUUAUGUGCUGCUUGCCGAUGCGCAGAGCGAGAACACCAGGAAGUGGGCAAAGGAUCUCCGUGUCGAAAUACUCGACUGCGGACACUGGAUCCAGCUCGAGAGGCCCGACAAGCUGCAGAGCUUAUUGGAGAGAUUUGCGGCAGAAAUCAGCAACGGAACAUCCUAG